GCCCAGCCUCCCGCGCGCCCCUGUCAGACUGUGGCGGCCGGCAGCGCGGUGCGCUCUCCCUCUGCCUGCAGCCCGACGAGGCAGCUUGCGCACGGCACACCCCCGACAUCCUUGCCGGUGCUGCCGCCCGAGCUCCGCUCUGCUCCGUCCUGCCCAGCCCUGGGCCGCACGCCCGCCUGUCUGCGGCGACAUGGCACACGCGCCGGCACGAUGUCCUAGCCCCCGGGGUUCCGGGGACGGCGAGAUGGGCAAGUUCAGGAAGGUGGCGCUCAUCACUGGCAUCACCGGCCAGGAUGGUUCAUAUUUGGCUGAGUUCUUGCUGGAGAAAGGCUAUGAGGUCCAUGGAAUUGUACGGCGAUCCAGUUCAUUUAAUACAGGUAGAAUUGAACAUCUAUAUAAGAACCCCCAGGCUCAUAUUGAAGGAAACAUGAAGUUGCACUAUGGAGAUCUUACUGAUAGUACCUGCCUCGUGAAGAUUAUCAAUGAAGUAAAGCCUACAGAGAUUUACAACCUGGGAGCCCAGAGCCAUGUCAAAAUUUCUUUUGACUUAGCUGAGUAUACUGCAGAUGUUGAUGGGAUUGGCACUUUGCGGCUUUUGGAUGCAAUUAAGACCUGUGGCCUUAUCAACUCUGUGAAGUUCUAUCAGGCCUCAACAAGUGAGCUUUAUGGGAAAGUGCAAGAAAUACCCCAGAAGGAAACUACCCCAUUCUAUCCUCGGUCGCCCUAUGGGGCAGCAAAAUUGUAUGCUUAUUGGAUUGUGGUGAACUUCCGGGAGGCAUAUAAUCUCUUUGCAGUGAAUGGCAUUCUCUUCAAUCAUGAGAGUCCCAGAAGAGGAGCUAAUUUUGUUACUCGAAAAAUUAGCCGGUCAGUAGCUAAGAUUUACCUUGGACAACUGGAAUGUUUCAGUUUGGGAAAUCUGGAUGCCAAACGAGAUUGGGGCCACGCCAAGGACUAUGUAGAGGCUAUGUGGCUGAUGUUGCAGAACGAUGAGCCAGAAGACUUUGUCAUAGCGACUGGAGAGGUCCAUAGUGUCCGUGAAUUUGUCGAGAAAUCAUUUUUGCACAUUGGAAAAACCAUUGUGUGGGAAGGAAAGAAUGAAAACGAAGUGGGCAGAUGUAAAGAGACCGGCAAAGUUCACGUGACUGUGGAUCUCAAAUACUACAGACCAACUGAAGUGGACUUUCUGCAAGGAGACUGCACCAAAGCGAAACAGAAGCUGAACUGGAAGCCUCGGGUCGCUUUUGAUGAGCUGGUGAGGGAGAUGGUGCACGCCGACGUGGAGCUCAUGAGGACCAACCCCAACGCCUGAGCGCGGCCUCAGAGCCCCGGCGCCCUCCGACCUGUCGUCCCGCUUGGCGCCGGCUGGUGCGGGGUUACAGGCGGAGACACGCGCUGGGAUGUACCCGGGAGGGGCAGGCAAAUCCAGUCGGUACCCUGUGACCCUCGCCGCCACUGCCUUGUCCCCGCUGGCGGGAGCGAGGGCCGCCAGGUUUGUAGCAACCGGGACGUGACACUCCGGGAUUUGGCCGCUUUGCUUUUGUCGAAGCCUCCUCUGAAUGGUUUUGUGAAAUCAAGAUGUUUUAAUCACAUAUUCACAUAUUUACUUGAAAUUAUGUCACUUAGACAACUUAAAUUCUGGGGCCUUUAAAUUGUUUUUUCUUAUUAAAUAUGAUCUUUUUAUGAACUAGCAUUAACAGAGUCACUAUGUUUUUCCAAAGUUAUAAAAAACAGUUAUAAGGGCCCCAAACAAAAAUGCCAAAACCCAUGCCUUGGAAUGAAAUGUUUCCCCCAGGCUGUGCUCCCUUCAAGCCAGGGCUCCGAAGACCCUGUAGGCUUCCAGAGAGUCCUGAGACAUUCCUUUCCCUUCUUGGUAACAAUGUUACUCUGGAAACUGAUUUCCAGUAGAAGUGAGGCAUUCACACCCUCUCUGGUCUGUGCUGACUAUAAUUAGAAACCACUGGGCUUCCACCAUCUCAAAAGAAAGCUUGAGAAAUGGGGUUACAAGAAGAAACUUGAAGGUAAGUAAAUAUUGUUGCAGCAUUCCAUGCCCCUGGGUUACCCAGAGGUCUUCACUCCUUCCUUUCUUUGGGGUCUAGACUCUUUCACACAAUGCUUAUUUACAACCUCUUCUCAUCAGUACUACAUCAUUUUUUUAAACUGAAUUUUGGUUUAUUCAUUCAACCCACUUAUAUUGUGCCUAAUAUGUGUCAGACAUUGUGCUACACACUUGAACUACGUCAGUGUUAAUUAGAAUUUAUAAUAAAGACAUUUAAGGCCCAGCCUCAGAUCACUGGAUCCAGUUUCACUGAGUGCAUCAUUUAGGUGUCCUGGGUGUGACCACAGGCAAAUUCUCCUGAACUGUGUAUGUACAGUGUACAGCUACAAGUAGGUUGACAGAAAUAUGUACAGAAUACCUCCAGGCAGCAAGCAAAGAGUUGUGUACAGGUGUAUACCCCCGCAUGAAAUACAGUAUUUUCCCCUAGAACAAAUUAGGUCAGGACUCUUCCCCCCUACACACUUCUCUUCCAAGCAAAAUAAAAUAAAACUUUACAGCAAA